AUGUCUGGACACAACAACCAAUACAGGCGCUCUGCUUCCAACUACCCACAAUACUCGUACCCCCAGUCAUCGUACAGCACCUCUGCCAACACUGGUGGACAAAAUUCUUCGACCGGCCAGACGGGCUAUACCUCUUACGCAACUACCGUCUAUGUAUCGACACCCAACGCCUCGGAGAGAUUCUAUCAUGAUGGACAGCCAUCUCGCAGUUCAGCUCAGUCCAUGAGCAGCCAGUUGGCCGAUUGGGACAGGCAAUGGAACUAUGCCAGCAGCCGUCGCAAUUAG